GAUUCGAGAUCAUUUGAUUUUACCAUCUAGUAUAGAAGCUUUGGUCUUUUACACGCUCAUUCUUUGUAUAUAUAUACACCAGUUCUUUUGAAAAGAUAUAUAUCAUUCAUACACAGCCUUUACCGUAUCCAUUUACCGUAUAUUCUCAUUCCUCCAAACAACCCCUUACAAUCAAUAUGGUUUUCUCAAUCAAGAACUUGGCUACUGCCACUGCCCUCCUCUCCGUUGCUCAAGGAGCCGUGAUGGGAAAGCGUUCUCUUUCGGGUCAAGCUACUACCUACGGUGGUAACACUCAAGGAGGAGCAUGCUCCUUCUCUACCUAUACCCUUCCAUCCAAUCUUUUCGGUACUGCGCUCUCUGACUCCAACUGGGCUACUGCUUCAAACUGUGGUCGUUGUGUUUCGGUUACGGGUCCCUCAGGCAACUCCAUCACUGCUAUGAUUACUGACGAGUGUCCCGGCUGCGGAACCAACCACUUGGAUCUCUACCCCACCGCCUUCACCUCCCUCGCCCCCCUCUCUAAAGGCAUCAUCGAUGUAACCUGGGACUACGUAGACUGUCCCAUCACCACCCCUCUCCAACUCCACCUCAAAGAAGGUGUCUCGGCCUACUGGUUCAGCAUGCAAGUCGUCAACGCCAACGAGGGAGUUUCCAAGCUCGAAGUUUCCACCGACGGCGGAUCCACCUGGCAAUCAACCACCCGCACCACCUACAACUACUUCGAGCACUCCGCUGGCUACGGCUCUAAAGUUAACGUCCGCGUUACCGGUUUGAGCGGAAAAACCGUCACCGUUAACAACAUUGCCGUCACUGCUGGAAAUCUCGUUACCGCGAGCGGAAACUUGAAGUCGGGCACUGUAUCAAAAGCUCUUGCAACAAGUAGUGUUGCUGACGAGGAGGCAGCUGCGGAUGAUUCCACUACGAGCGCUACUUCUGCCGCAGUUGUUACACCGGCUUCUUCAUCUGCAUCUGAAGUUUCUUCUACUCCUGCUGUCGUUGCACCAGUUUCUUCCUCCUCUACCUCUUCUUCUUCCAUCGCGGAAGUAUCUACCAGCGCAACUGACAUCGUCCCAUCCGCAACCGCCACACCUUCCACCACCAAGAAAGCCACUACCACCGCAUUGGCUCACACAACCAAAGCUAGCGCAACCCAAAGCGUUGUGUGGGUUGACUCUGACGAGUGCGAGACUUCCUAGAGUGGACAUUGCUCCUCGAGGAAUCUUUCGUAGACGCGAAGGAUUGAGGGCGUUAUUCAUGGUUUGGUGAGCGAGAUGGCUUCAUGAGCUGAUGAAUAUGUAUGGUUUGGAGAUGUAACUUUGGUUAUGUUUAUAUUUGUGUUUGUGUUUAUGGAGGAUAUGAGAUGGGAUGGAUGGGAUGGGAUAUGGGAAAUGUGUUUUCGAUGUAUAUAUUAAUUUAUUACAUAAAUAAAAAAAGAAAAAGAUUUUGAAGG